CUCUGGAAAAUCACCCCCCUAAUCGCAGAAUGGCUCUCAACAUCCACCAAAAACCCCCUCUGGACGAACUCCAUCCUGGACCAUACCUCCACAGUCCUCGAACUCGGCUGCGGCAUCUCCUCCCUCCUGGCUCUGACCCUCGCCCCGUCAAUCCGACACUACGUCGCUACAGAUCAGGAAUAUGUCCGGCGUUUGCUCCGCGAGAAUCUAGACGAGAAUGCCCCUUCUUCGUCCUCUUCGCCCUCGUCGUCUUCGCCGAGGAUAGGAAGUAAAGGGCGGCAGAGAAGACAGAAACAGCUGCCACAACAACAGCAGCGCAGCCCCACCAGUAACAUCACAUUCGCAGCACUAGACUGGGAAACCGACAUCCCGGCCUCCCUAAAACAGAGUCUCGAACUCUCUCCCAGAUCAACCGGAGACGAAGAAAACGAAGACGGAGACGAAGAAGAUCAAGGCUUUGACGUCCUCCUCUCCUGCGACUGCAUCUACAACGAAGCUCUCAUCGCACCCUUCGUGCGCACCUGCGCCGACUUCUGCCGUCUACGGCCUACAUACACCCCUGACGAGGAUCAGGACCAGCAAAAAAACCAGCAGAGUAAAAGGAAGAGAAAACCAACGGUGUGCAUUGUGGCGCAGCAGCAGCGCAUGCCGGACGUGUUUGAGACGUGGUUGAGGGAGACGAUGCGGGUGUUUCGCGUGUGGAGGGUGGCGGAUGAGGUGAUGGGGGGAAAGUUGGGGGUUGGGUCGGGGUAUUUGGUGCAUGUUUUGGUUUUGAGAGAUGAUCAAGGGUGUUGA